AUGCGCGUUUUGGUAUUGGGAGCGACCGGAAACCUUGGUUCCCGGGUCUUAUCUGCUCUGUUACAGAGGGGACAUGUUGUCUUCGCCUUCGUACGAGAUCCUUCCAAACUACCCCCGGGAAUCCAGCCACUUCUCUCAGGUGUUGAACAAGGCGAUGCGAGAAAGGCCUCCGAUAUCAAAUCGGCGGCGGUCCAUAAUGGAUGUGAUGCCAUUGUAAAUACGGCAGGAUAUGCUGCCAUGGCACCGUGGGGUAAGAGUGAUUUACCUUUAAUAGUGGACGCAGUGAUUUGUGCUUCGCUGGAGAUCGGCCGUGAACGCGGAACUCCUCUACGAGUAUGGAUUCUUGGGGGACAGGGGUUACUGGAUAUCCCGACGACCGAAUACAGAAUUGUGGACUAUAUGCAUAUCUUCCCCGAACAUCGUCACACCUGGGACAAGCUCCGAGCAGUCCCUCAGUCGGCAAUCAACUGGUCUAUACUUUGUCCCGGGGUCAUGCAUGCUCUCAGCAGAGCCACCUAUCCGCUCGCGACCGAUGCUUCUGCUGAAAACCUCCAAGUCGCAUCCAAUGUUCCGCCAAAUUGGUCACUCAAGUUUUUGUGUAUACCUGUGCUUGGAGGGUAUCUCAACAUUAUGAACCAAGCUUCGGCUUAUGGAACUUCACUCGAGGAUAAUGCGGAUUUUAUUGCGAAGGAUCUUUUGGAUGGACAUCAAAGCAAGUUGAUUGGUGAAAAGUGUAAGAGUGGAGAAGAAUGUGCCUUGGUGGAUCCACUUCGCUUCGGAGGAUCCCUGCCACCUCGGAGCAACUGGAAGUUCCGAGUAUUUCGCCCCCGGAAAAUCACAUCGUCUUCGCGCCUUGAACUUACGUUUCGGAAGACCCCUCCGGAUCUUUCGCAGCAGACACAUGCAGCAUAUGGCGCCCAGCAGUUCAAGUCUACAGUCUCCGACAGGCGGGGUCUCAAGGGAAGAAAGCGAAGUGUGAUCAAAAGAGACCCGCUUGCUCUCGGUGCUCCGAAUAUGGGGGAAAUUGUAGCUACACUUCAACUCGGCGCAAACCCGGGCCACAGCGAGGUUCACAGCGAACUUCAUCCUCAUAUAGACCGCAACAGUCUCGCAGUAAAUCAUUCCAAAUCCGCUAUCGGAAUUUUUGCCAGGUUGUUCAAGACUAGGAAUCAACCCAUAUCAGAUACCCAACCGCAGGAACAUCAAUCAACCCCUACACCCAACCAAUCUAUCGCAACUGCAUCUCUUCCGACACCUUUACCAGAUACGAGUAAUACUGGGCAGUAUUCGCAAGUCAAUUUUACUCCUGGCGAAAAAGAGCAACUCCUCGAAAUAUUUUUCGAUACCUUGCUAGAUGCAAAUCCGAUAUCUUCUAAGGAGAAGUUCUUUGAGGACUAUCAAAAUUCGUUGUGCAGCCAGGAGCUCAUCCAUACUAUAAUCACCAUUACAGCAAAGCUUACCGGUUCUUCAUGCACAGUCGACCAUGCCUCCUUGGAUGGUAAUGAUGCAUUGAACACUCAGAUCGACCAACUGCUCAGCUCAAGUAUGCUGGAAGUCGACCUCAUUGGCGACUCUCCAUCGAUAGAUCAGUUUCGCAAAUCAUGCAUCUUAGCAUUCUACGAGUUUCAUCAAUUUCCUGGAAAUCAGUCUUGGAUGCGAAUAGGAAGGUUGACCCGCUUGGCAUAUCGAGUAGGCCUUGACCGACUUGAGAAUCUACGUGACCUAUAUUCAGAAUGGAAAAUUCUCAGCUACGAGGAAAUCCGGGAAUGGAGGGCUAUAUGGUGGUUCAUCUACCGCCUGGACUCAUAUUCUAACAUAUCUUCUGGCACGCCAUUCUUGAUCGAUGACCACUUCAUUAAAACCUCUUUAGUGCUGGAUAGUUCAUCUACCACCACUGAAAAUACCGCAAAGGAGCUCUUCUUGCCGUCAGAGGCUUCCAGGCUGUGGGAGAUCCUGCCGACAAUUGUUUCCAGUCCCGAAACAUGUCUCGGAAAUGUUCACAUCGUCGCAAUCGCUGUCACGCGCCAAGCUGGAAUGGCUUUGCGACUUCAUACCUUCCGAUCGCAAGAUGAAAUACUCCAACACCUGGUCGGCCUGGAGCGUCUCCUACCUACCCUCCGUCUUGCUCUUCCAUCAGGCUGGUUCAAUCCCCGGCGCAAUGCCCUCCUGAAUGAAUCUACUCGGGGCCAUCAUUUGAGAUUAAAUACAGUGCUAGUGCUACUGAUGUCAAAACUAUUGUUUUCAGUCAUAGGCUGCUCUAGAUGCAAGGAAGACGAAUGGCUUUCAAGGUGGCAGAAGGUCAUUGAGACCUGCCAGGAUAUUGCAUCUACAGCUGCAGAAUGGGACAGCAGUUUCUGCUUGAUAGUGGAUCCAGCAGUCUGUUUUGUCGUAUUCGCAGCCUUGAUAUUUCUUGAUAUUCACAGGAAGUCCAGUGCUUUUUCAGUAUCUGAGAAUCAGUCUAUCGAGUCUGACCAAACAAUUCUCAGACUUUAUCUCGAGCAGUUUGCUAGACUCUGGACUAUGCCGAGACUUCUAAGCAUGUCAUUUACCACUUUUAGUCAAUCGGUGCUAGGACCUUUCCACCACCCUGACAUCACACAGAUGCUGUCACGGUUUGAGGCCCCUCUCCAUCCUCGAUGGCUUCAGUUCCUCUCGUCCACCCGAACAGCCCUUCAAAAUUCUCAACCGUAUUAA